AGCAAAACCAGACACUUUGUUUAUAACACAGACAAGCUAUUCGGUACUGAACCUACAAUCUUUCAGUAUAAAAUGGUAUAAUUUGACAGUUACGGGAACUCGAAUAAAUACAGAAUGCGACCGCAAAAGUUUCGACUUCCAUGCAAUGCAGACAGAUUUAUGUAUAGGGACAAAAAGGUAGUAAUUGUUUCUGUGUUUGGAAAGUCACAGUACAGAGCCAAAGGAUGCAAGACAAACAUGCUGAGUUCAAUCCUUCAAGUGGAUCUCCUGGAUGAACCACAAAUGGAUAAAGACACAUUUUGUGAAAUCGAAGGAUAUCAUGAUACAAAAGAUAGAACUAUAUAUUUACAUUUAAGGGGCUUGUUAGACACACAUGCCCUGUUAGCUGAAUAUAACAGAUUCGUAGAGAAACAAGACUGCAAAGAUUUCCUUAGCGUGUGGGCUCAUAUGAGAGACAAAUAUGCUAGAGCACUGCUUCUCCUAUUUCAUAUAUCACAUGUUAUUGUUCUUACUCAUCCCACUCAUACAUUUGACUACAGUUACGUGCAUUUGUUCAGGGCAAUGGAUAUCGUGAGACAAAAAGUAUCACCCCAGCUCUCCGAUGUUCUAAGCUGCAUUUCUAACUUGCCUAAGGAUUGGGUGUCAAAUGUUAGACCCUGUUCUCCAAGAGUAUUGUUCUAUUUUGAAACUUGUCCUGCUGUAUUCCAAGAUUCUACUAGUGGAGCUAACAUCAAGAAGCUAGAACACUCCCUGGAAGAUCAAAUCUACCAAAUGUUAAGGAAAAACCGAAUAGUAACUAAUAUUAGUUCAAAUUCCCUGUUCGCAAUUCCUGCAAAUCAAGAAUUCGUUUAUGUGCACACUGGUUCAACCGAAUCUAGAGACAUAUUGGGAUAUAUGGCAAAGAAGCUAGUACAAAGUUGCAAAGUCAGUUCUGGUGGGAGCACAUCGAGAAGUCUGGCCAGUCAGGACUCCAAUCUGCAACUAGAUGAUACAGAACCAGAAACUCGUUCCUUCAGACUGUUCCUCCAGCAACACAUAAAUCUGGCUUUUGGUAGAGGUUUUGAUGAUAAUGUCGGAAGACAUUCUGUGCCUGCCUACUUCGAGAUACCAACUGUUGGAAUAUUCUGCGAAGUGGCAAACAAAGUCUAUAACUACUUCAUGCAUGGAACGGACAAGGAAUUGCUGAGUUUGCACGGUUUGCUAGAUACGGACGUUAAAUUCAGCAAAAGUAGGUGCAGCAAAGUGUUACCAAGGGCUUUGCAAACGUAUCAAGAGAAUCUGCCUCAGCAUUAUACAAGAGCAUACCACGAAACGAAAUUGGCUCACGCCAUGGCGGUUUUCGAGAUGCAUGCUCGUGGUCCUUUGUACGAAGAAUUUAGCGAGAAGCUACAAGCUGAAUGUGAAAAACACUGGCGGUCAGGACGACAAAUGUGUGAAGUCCUGUCCCUCACAGGCAACCCCUGCACCAACCCCAUCCACAGAGGUGGAAGUGAAGGUGCUGGAGGUGGGGAACAACCAGAGCCUAGAGACGGUGACAAUGAUCUGCCAAUUAGAGAACAUUGCAGCGGAGUACGAUACAUUUGUGCAUGUAAUUGUGGUCGUUGUCAAGCGUCGCGGGAGGAUCCCUUCAGUUUACGGCAGGCGAAUCAUGAUUACUUUCAAAUGCUGGCCAAACAAUGCGGCUGUGCACAACUAGAAAAUAUCCAAUUUCCAGUAUUCCAACCAAGCACCCAUAAUUAUAGGCCAGCGCAAUUGCUUUCUGUAACCAAACGCAAGGAUUCUUUCACUCAUGCAGAGUCACCUACCCCAAGAGGAAACACUCAAGCUUGUAGCCUAGGAGUCAAUACUCUCAAUGUUUCAGAUGACAUCCGUACACCAUAUGGAAGUGGUGGUCAGUCUCAGGAGACAAGUGAAACCAACGAAGACGCCCCUAAACUCAGUAAAACCAGUCUAACACCGACUGAUGCACACAAAGUGGUCAUAGAGGUUUCUGAUAGUGAUGCAGAUAACAAAGAGAAAUCAUUGGUCAGACAACCGUCAACCACGGAAUAUCUGCCAGGAAUGUUGCACACUGAAUCUCCAGCUGGUUUGUUACCGCAGUUUUCAAGCUGGUCUUUAGUUUGCCUUGGGCCAAGUAGCUUGUACUCCCACAAUUUGGGUUUACAGCACCAGGCUGGUGUUUUGCCUACUUCCGCCUUCCUUCUACCCUGGGAUGUGACCGUAAGAUUGGAACACCAAAAGGAAAGAGGUUCCUUAUGGCCUACAAUAGGUGAUCAUGGGGCACACAGUUACUGUCCCAGAGGAAAGAACUUUCAGAAUAUGAAUACCAUUCGUGGCCGAAAAUCAAAAGGUGGAAAAGAGUUUGUUGUGAAAAUAUUUGUCGGAGUGGAGUACGAAUGUCCACGGGGUCACAGAUUCAUGGCGUCUGCACCUGACAAGGUUUUGAAAGCGACUGGAAAUGGAAUUGUCAAGGAUAGUGGGAAUAAAGUCACAUCCAGUACAGCGGACAUGCCUCUCUAUUUUCCUUGCCCUUGCAGGCAAACAAAACCACUGAUAGCUCAGUUAAUGAGAAUUCACGUGGUGACUCCAAAAGCUCCUGUUCAUGUCACAUUGAAUCCUAGAGUUCAACCAGGACCUCCACCCUGUCCAAUAUUUGUAACCGGUUGUGACGAACCUAUCAAGUUAUCCCAAAGUGCCUACUGGGUCUUAAGGCUACCGUAUGUAUACAUGGACGAGAAAGGACCUUAUGUGGCACCAAAAGAACCAGUGCCAACGUCACAUGGUAGACUACUGGCAGGAAUGUAUGGAAUUAGUGAGGUAGUGCCAGAAAAGAAAUAACGCACUAUUUCACUUUUUAUAAACAAUACUUUGUAUGAAACGUGUAAAUUACUUCUUGUAAAUAUAAUAUUAUAAAAUUAAUGUAUAUUAGUUUUUAUCCGCAAUACAAAUUUGAGUAGUAAUAAAAACUUACA